AGACGCUAGGAUCACGACAGCGCCAAUUUUUGCGCGUCCAUCCUAAUAAUAAGUGAGCUCCCCAUUGAUGUUUACAGAACUGCUGUCUCAGCUGCGAAAUUGCCCUCCUCCCCGGCCGCCGUCCGAUUGAUUCCAACGUGUCGCGAGCACUGAUCUAGGGCCCAUGAGACACCGCGGAGUCGUCUGUUCGGCCUGCCGUUCGAAGCUUCUCAUCCAAGGCUCGGGGACUCCUCGACCACGAUGGCAGGCGUCGAGGGACCUCGGGACGGCCGCCCAGGCUGCCGGAGGGACGGAAACUACAGAUAGCACCCGCAAAGCUUCACGGCCAAGGUCGAAAAACCCGGCACCGGCUCGACAUCAGCCCCCAUGGGUCGAGCGGCAGAGGGCUAGACGGGGCAUCGACGAGGUGGAGAGCUCCGGUCCAUUGGCAGUAUUCAGGAAAGUGCUCGAUGCACAGGCGAAAGAAACGGACCGCCCGACUUCUACCACGCCUCCUGCGAACUUGGAACUCUACAAGGACGUCGCGAAACUGGAAGAAAUGCUGGCCCAGUCGAACAUCCCGACGUCGACCUGUUUCCGCUUCUUCGAAUCCCGCAUCUACCCAACCAUCAGCCAGCCGAACAGGAUUAGGGACCGGGUCAGCAAGAGGCUCAUGACUCGGGUAGCUAGCGAGAAGCCGAACGAUUUCGAGUCCGGAGACCUCCCAUCGGUCACGCGAAUCAGCCAGAUCCAACUCGAGCUGGGGCUCCUCGACCCCAAGGCUUGGGCUACAAUGACCACCCGGCUUCUUCAACACAUUUGCCGAAUAAGCACGGCGCCGGGAGAUUAUACAACUAUUGAGAGCUACGAAAAUGCCAUGGCAAGGAGGGUGACCCUCCUCCAAGACCUGAUCGGGAACUGGAAGAUCUUCAACGUGCCACGCAUCGUCGCCCUGCGAGCCGGCGAUGCAGCCAAGGCAGCCCAAGAACCGAGACUCCCUUCGUUGGACAUGAAGACGAUCUCAUGGAACAGCAAGAAGGGCAAGUCGCACUUGUCGAUCGCCGCCCUGUUUCCGCAGUACGCGCCGAACCAGCUGCAGACAGCCACGUAUGCCGCCAUCGCAACGUUUGUACUGUUUUCGGACCCUUACAACAGGACGGAUCGCGUGAUGAGGCAGGAAACGGCCCCCUUCGUCGACGCCGUGGGUAUGAUACUCUCGAAACGGCCUCCCCGGAAGGACCAGCUCGGCCCAAUGUUUGAAGACUACCCCGACCUAUCACAGUACGUCACUUCACGCUGGUCGACCGUCCUGCCCCAGCUGGCGGGACAGUCCAAAUUGCAAGGCGUCGAUCAGAAGAUCAGGGCCAAUCAUGCUGCGCGGGCGCAGACGAUGGAUGGGAUACACCGGCAGCUCGGCCAGGCCCUGAAGACGAGGAGCCUGGAGGCCGUGGACAGGACGUGGAAGGGGUUCUGGGGCGAGGCCACAACCCCAACGCCAGAGCGGGCCGGGCGUCUCCGCAACAGCGCGGAGUUGUUCAACUACUUCAUCAUGGCCUACAUGGGCAUGCGACAGCCCAAGCGAGCCAUCGACGUGUGGAACUGCAUGGUCCAGAUCGGGGUCGUACCGACCCUCAAGACCUGGAACUCUAUGAUCGACGGGUGUAAGAGGGCCCGGAAUCCGGCGGGGCUGAAAGCCGUCUGGCAGCAGCUGAUCGCGGCCGGGAUCGCCCUCGACACUCCAAUAUGGACGGCCAGGAUCGCCGGGCUGAUCGAGCUCGGUGAGCCCGAGGCGGGACUGGCGGCCCUCGACGAGAUGGCCAGGCUGUGGAACGAAAGGGCCGCGUCGGGGAAGGACUCCUCCUCCGCCGUCCGCCCGAGCAUCGAGCCCGUCAACGCCGCCCUGGCCGGUCUGCUGCGGCUGGACAGGGUCGCCGUGGCCAAGAGCCUCCUGGCGUGGGCUGCCAGGCAGGGGAUCCAGCCGGACAUCUUCACGUUCAACACGCUGCUCCGGCCGAUGGUCAGGCAGGGCCUGUCGGACGAGGUGGCCAACAUCUUCACCAUGAUGAAGAACCAGGGCGUCGAGGCCGACGUGGCGACCUUCACGAUCCUCAUCGAGGGCGCGCUGGGCGACAUGGGCGACCAGAGCCCCGAGAGGCAGGUCGAGAUGGUGACGUCGAUGCUGCGCGACGUCGAGGCGGCCGGCGUGGAGGCCAACAUGAUCACGUACGCAAAGAUGGUGCAUGUGCUCCUGCAGCAGGGCGACCGGGCCGGCGAGUCGGUCAAGGCCGUGCUGGCCCACAUCUGGGGCAAGGGCCUGGAGCUGACGUCGCACAUCUACACCAUGCUCGCCGAGCACUACUUCUCGCGCGACCCCCCGGACCCGCAGGCCGUCACCACGCUGAUCGCGAGCCGCCGCCUGCAGGAGAACCGGGACAUCGACCGCGUCUUCUGGGAGCGCGUCAUCAAGGGCUACUGCCAGGUCGGCGACGUCGACCGCGCGCUGCGGCUGUUCGAGCGCCUCGACCGGUCCGGGUCGCGCAUCACCCUCUCGACGCUGUACGAGCUGCUCGUCGCCCUGGUGCGCGCGCAGCGGAUGGAGGCGGCGUCGGCCAUCGUCGACGUGGCGUGGAAGUUCAGGGACCAGCUCGAGCAGGCCGACGUGGCCGACGACGGCGGGAGGUUCUGGAAGCACAGGUUCUGGCACCGGGCCGAGCAGUACGGCCUGCUAAGGGAGUGUCAUCUCGCCUCCUUCCAGGCGGCUAACUCGGCUUGAACGCAUCCCACCUUGGCCCUUUUCUUCUUCUCGUGUACAUACAUAGCCAAAUCCCUUCAGGGGUUAAUUGAUCACAACAAAGUUCAUGUGCCAUUCAAUACAUUACGAACCACCCACAUAUAAGACGCCUCAAACUCCCCGCAAGUACUCGUAUACCAGUAGCGUCCAACGACAGGCACCUCUCUCUCCGUUAUGUGUGCCCCCCGUGUCAUGACUCAUCCAUCUCAUCCCCCUUCCCGGCCUCGUGCCCCGGGCCAGGCCCAAGGAUAGCAACAACCUUCUCCAGCCCCUCGACCUCCCCCCUGCCGACGCUCCGCCCCUCGCCCUGCCACUCCCCAUCGAUGACCUCGCCGCCCCGCCCCAGCUCCAGCCCCCGCACGUUCUCCAGGUGCCUCUUCGUCGCCGUCUCGACGUACUCGAGCCGCUGCCUCCGCCAGCUCUUGUUCCUGUCGCCCCCGGAACCCCCCUCCCCGCCGCCACCGUCCUCCUCCUCCCCAC